CGUGAUGCGGUUAUAUUUGACAUGGUGCAGUAAGAAGCGGGUCACACAAUGACAACAGUCCAGCAAAACAAACCCCAGAUGUCACUGUGCUAGAUUCAUCCCAGGGUCGUCUCAACCUGUUUCUCGAGUGCAGUUCACAUUUACAUUAAGAUAUAGUGAGAGAAAUGUCGGCUGCGGCGCGUAUAGCAGCGCCAGUGAUGCUGUCCCGGUUCCGCGGCGCUCUGGUCGGUUCGGUGUUGGGUGACUGUAUAGGCGGCGAGUUCGAAGGCGCUGUUGAUGUGCCUCUGGAUCGAGUCCUUCAGCAUCUCAGCGCUCUGGAUGAUGAAACACGGGGCGACGGAAUUCUUCAGUACAGUGAUGAUACAGCCAUGAUGCGAUGCGUUGCAGAUUCACUCCUCACCAGGAUGGCGUUUGAUGAACGAGACAUGGCUCGAAGGUUCGCAAAGGAGUAUAACCUUGCUCCAUACCGAGGAUACGGCUCAGGUGUCGUACAGGUACUGCGGAAGCUUGCAUCGCCCUAUCUGAAGGAUGUCUUCCAGCCGGCACAGGCUCAGUUUGGCGGCCGCGGUUCUUUCGGGAAUGGAGGUGCCAUGAGAGCAGCACCUUUCGCCCUGGCCUUUAAAAGUUGCGAUGAUGUCCGCAAGUAUUCGCGGCUUGGCGCUAUGUUAACACACUCAUGCUCUUUGGGCUACAACGGGGCGGUGUUGCAGGCCCUUGCUGUCCAUCUGUCUCUCCAGGGCGCUUUGGCUAUGCCGAAAGAAUUCAUCGACAAACUGAUCUCAGAAAUGGAAGAGAUGGAAAGAGAUGAAACAGCCCAGUUUGAUGCUAAAGCACUCAAUUUAUCGGAGUUCCCAUAUUGCUCACGUUUGCACAUGGUGAAAGAACUUAUGGACAAGAAAAGUGUGAGCAUUGAGGAGGUCAUAUCUGAACUGGGAAAUGGCAUCGCUGCCUUACAGUCUGUGCCCACCGCUAUCUUCUGCGUGCUGCAUUGUUUGGAGCCCCGGGAAGGGCUGCCAGAGCAGUUCGGAGGACUGGAGAGGACAAUAGCCUACAGCUUGGCUCUGGGUGGUGACACUGACACCAUUGCUUGCAUGGCAGGGGCAAUUGCAGGGGCACAUUACGGCAUCGACUCCAUUCCCCAGAGCUGGCAGAAGAGCUGCGAAGGAGUGGCGGAGGCCGAUGAUUUGGCGCACCGUUUGUAUGAUCUUUACUGCCUUCCACAGUUCGAAGAGGACAGGGGGACAACAAGCUACAAGAACAAUCAACUGCACACACAUACCAGUGAUCAGCACACAAAAACUGACUGACCCUCUACACGGCCAUAUGCAACAUGCAGCCACACAUAAGAGAAACAUUACUUGGCACAUAGUGUCAAUUGCACUUGAUAAUAUACCAUCAUCUGUGUUUAUAAAAUUGUGAACCUUCAGUUCAAAAUGUUUACAAUAAAAAGAAGAAAAUUGUAUCGUUUCA